AUGGCGGCCAAACCACCAUCUCCAAUAGCAUCGUCAGCAUUCCAGUCCGGAGCCUCGCAUGAUAUUUCCGUUCUUCAAGAUGUAUUAUCGGGCGUUUCGCAACCGCAUGAUAGCAAAACUGACGUUGUGAGUGAAAACCUGGAUAGCAAACAUCAGCAGUUGGAACACACUGACAACGAUAGCCCUGAGAAUAACUCAGAUGUUGCGCAUCAGAAUGUUGAUGCAAAGGGUUCAGUUGUAUAUCAGGAUUUAGAAGAAAUUCCUAAUUUUCACUCUGCUCUUUCAUACGCAACUGUGCGUGAUUUUGCAUAUCCUGAGUUCCAUCCAUUGCAUUACGGAGUGCCGGAAUUUGAACAGGCUAGUGGUGAGACAGAUGACGACGAAGAUUACGAACCUACUUACGAAUAUAACGAUACUUACGAUGCUAAUGACCCACAUUCACAUUACUAUAAUGACAAAUCGGCCGGUUUUGAAGACGGGCCACCAUGGCAACAAGACUCUGACUUGAAUUCUCCAGUUAUUAAAUCGCAUGAAGUGGGUGAUAGAAUCAGUAAAGAAUAUCAGUUUUCAGUAGCAUCUGCUGAUGAAAUACAUGGAAGGGCAGUAGCAUUAUUUGACUUUACCCCUGAAAAUGAUAAUGAGGCUCCAUUACAAGAGGGCCAAAUAGUGUGGAUUUCAUAUCGACAUGGCCAAGGCUGGCUCGUUGCCGAAGAUCCUGAGACUGGUGAAACAGGUUUAGUACCUGAAGAGUACGUUCAGCUGCUAAAUAGUAUUUCAUAUGAGGAGGAUAUUCUUCAAGACAGCAGCGAACCAGCUAUUUAUCAAAGUCCUGAGUCAGAUAGUGAAGGGUGGGUCGAUGAAGCAGAGCCCGAAGGUGACGCAGCAGAACCAGCAACGGAACCAGUAGUAAAAUCAGCAUCAGAUACAGACUAUACUGACCUGAAAAAAGGAAUUAAAGAUUUGUCUUUAAGGGAAAGUGAAGAACAUGAACAUAACCAAACUGAACCUGAAACCGCUGAGGUAUAUUCUCAGGUCCCGUCUGAGUAA